CCCACUGGACCGUAUUGUUUCCUUUCUGCCCCUCCGGGACAUGGUGGCCCUUGGGGAGACGUGCCGCUACCUGCACCAGCUCUGCAACAGCCAAUCAGCAUGGAGGAGAAUCUGUGGGCGCAUCAAUCCCAGAGUGAGAACAGCCAACUGGAGGAGAGCGGCCAUAUUGAAUUACACCAAGGCCAUAUACUCACAGCCACUUGGAGGGCAAUGGCAUCACCUGAGCUGCCCCGUUAGCCCCUCCGUGGCCAAUGGAUUCCAGCGCAUCCUGCCCACGAGGGACCACGUGUUUGUGCUGGACUAUGACGGCACUCUCUUCCUUCUCCACAUCGACAUGGCCUUCUAUAAUCGCGGGAUUUUGCGCUGGAAAACUGUCUCACACUACAUGGUCCUGGCUCAGAACGUCAAGGAUUUUUGUGGGGACCCCAGAAGCUGCAUGUCGUUCAAGUACCUGUACGUGUUGGUGUCGCAGGCAGGGGAGGCCCAGGGGCCGGACAUGGGGGGGCCAGCCAUGGGGGGGCCGGUGGGACCCUGCGACUGUGUGGAAGUGUAUCGGCAGGCCGAUGGGCGCAGGGUGUUUAAGAUGCUGUUCCACCCUUCCAUGAGAUUCCGGCAGAUCGCCCUGCUGGGGGAGGAGACUCACAGAGUUUUACUGCUAUUAACAGAAAAGGGCAAAGUUUACCACCUGACAAUCAACGAGAGCCAAUUGGAGCAGCCGCGUUCCUACAAUAUGCAAAUGGUGAUGCGCAAGGUGUCGGAGUGCCUGGCCAAUCACGUGAUCUCCCGCCUGUGUGCCGGCCCCAACACCCUCGUUUACAUCACAGAUCUGGGCAGUCUCUAUUAUGAGAUUCACUCUCGCGAGGUCUAUAGAAACCUAUUCGGAACUCUUCAACCCUUUGGAUCCUUUGAUACCGAGAUGCCCAUUGCCGUUCCGCUGCCCAGCAAAGUAGUUCUAUGCUCCAUAUCAAAGAAUCACUUGGCGCUGGCAGAUGAACAUGGGAGAAUCUUCACUCAGGGAAGCAACCGGUACGGCCAGCUGGGCACCGGGGACAAAACUGAUAGAGGGCAACCCACCCAGGUGGCACAGAUGGCGUGCCCGGUGCAUAUAUGGUGUGGGCUCCAUCACACGCUGGUACUGAUCCAGGGCAGAGACAUGAGGAAGGAGAUAUUUGGCUGUGGGUGCGGAGCGGGCGGGCGCCUCCCAGGGUGGCCCAAAGGGAGCCCAACGUUUGUGAAACUUCAUGUUAAGGUUCCUCUCUGCACUCGCUCCAUGUGUUCCACCCGGGAAUGUCUGUACAUGGUGUGCGGCUACGACACGGAGGAAGUGACCUUAUACCAACAGGAGGAACAGGCGGGCACCCCGGGCACCAAGUUGGAGAAAGAGACUGGCACAACCUACCGAAACUACAUGAACCAGUUGCUGAACUGUUCCAGCCGCCAGGAGCACGUGGCAAAGACCAAGGAGAUUGUGGCACAGAUGCCCCUUCAGGGCCACCAGAAGGAUUUCCUAUGGGAGGCGCUAAACGUGAUCCUGCGGGCAAGCUGAGAGGCACGGGCACCGGCGUCUGUGCCACCCUGAGCUUCUAACCAGCAGAGAACUGGCACAGAUAAUAAAUACAGGAGAAAGGA